GACCCAAUAUUUUGGCGCGACGAUUCAGAAACUGGAAAGCAACACAAACGAGUCACAGAUUCAGAUUUCAUUUCCACCGUUUUUAGCUUCGCCGCCGCAAGAGAAGAGAAAAAACGAUGGAAAUUGUUCGACCACAGAGUCACCGGAACUUGUUUUCCUCUAACGACGCCGUUUCUGUUCCAACUAUUCCCCUCUAUCGCUCUGCUCCGCCUCUCGAAGUCCGACUUGAAGAUUUCGAGUCCUUCGCCAUCGAUCGCCUCCGAGUUCUGAAAGGGAUUUCUGAUGGUUUGUCACGGGGGAAGAAACCGGAUGAAAUGGAAAAAUUGGUAGAAGAAUCGUGGAAAGUGCACAUGAGACAUCAGCAUGCUUCUGAAGUUCUGAACAAGGAUAUUAUAUCUCAUUUUGUUUUACGUUUGGUCUAUUGCAGAACGGAAGACUUGAGGAAAUGGUUUCUCUCAAUGGAAUGUGCGCUUUUUCGCUACCGUUUUCGCUUUCUAACUACUGAAGCUCAGAGGGCAAUCAUGGAUGAAUUUGACCUUACUUGCAAGGCUGUUAACAAUGUGGAAUUUGAGAGCAUAAAAGAGAAAUUAGGACAAGUUGCACGUUCCAUGGGUCAGCUUUCACCCACAGUCGAUACUAUAUUUUACAAGGUACCAUUUGAAGAAGUUCCAGAACUUGUAGCUGGACGUAAAGUGUUUAUAAGCCAAGGAUAUGCUUAUGUUGCAAUGAAUCAGGUUGUUUCACUUGUAGCCACUCUAUUCCGCAGUCAGCUGUCAAAGACACUCAUCCUUACAAACAGAAAAUGGACAGCUUCAAUCAGAGAUCAAGAGAAACAUAGGUUGACUCCUAUUGUGGAAGCCUUGAGCUCAAGUUAUCUGGGUCCUGAUUUUUCUCAGCCAAGAGAAUAUGCUGAGAUAUCUUUGAAGGACAUUGAUCAAGUUGCCAAGACCUCGUUUCCUUUGUGCAUGCGUCACCUGUUUGAUAAGCUGAAAGAGGACCAUCAUUUAAAGCAUGGUGGGAGGAUGCAACUAGGCCUCUUUCUCAAGGGUGUUGGUUUGAACCUGGAUGAUGCACUUGCGUUUUGGAGAGCUGAGUUCUCUAAGAAGGUUGGUUUGGAGAAGUUCGAGAAAGAAUAUUCAUAUAACAUACGACAUAAUUAUGGAAAAGAAGGGAAGAGAACUGAUUAUACUCCCUAUUCUUGUCAAAAGGUUAUUUCAUCAACUCCUGGUGCUGGAGAUCAGCAUGGUUGCCCCUAUCGACAGUUCAGUGAGGAGAAUCUAAGAGCUGCUCUCAGCAGAAUGGGGGUGAACAGUCGAGCAAUGGAAGAUGUCAUGGACAAAGUGCGAAAUAGACAUUAUCAGUUAGCAUGUACCUUGACAUUUGAAGCUCUUCACGGCGUGGCAUGUGAUGCAGGAAUUAACCAUCCAAAUCAAUAUUUCAGUGACAGUCAAAAGAUAUUGCAACCAAAGAAGGACUCUUCAGCCUAAAAUAUUUGGUUAUAGCAACAGUGUUUUGCUGGCAGCCAUUCACAGGCGCGCAGUUGGUUCUAGUAGCAGUUGAUGUACAGACGGAGACAUGGUUAAAAUAUUUUACUAGCUUCCAAAGCGCGAUUCUAAGGUGGAAUUAGGCAUUCCAGUU